AUGUCCCCGAUUGCUCUUGAUAAUACUAUUAUUGAACAAAAUCCUUUUGAACCUGUAGAACUUACUAAUGGCCUUACAAAAGAUCCUACGAAGCCGUUUACAAAUCAAGAAGAACAGCCGCAGCAACAACAACUGCCGCAGCGAGAGCGAGAACAAGAAAGCUCACAAGAUAAAGGAACUGUACAAGCUAUAGAGGACAUCAUGCAAGUGGAUGAUGAAUCACAAGGAAUGCAGGAUAAUACUAGCUUAGAACCGAAACCAGAUCAACAAACUUCCUCACCGCAGCAAUUAUCACAACUAUCUCCUCAGCCUGAACAAGAAGUGCAAGUCACGUCAUCUCAAGUGCAAUUACCAAAUUCUGAUAAUGUUGAAAUAUAUACUACAAAUUCUAGUGACAUGGAAGAUAUUAUUGAAUGCUCUCUCGAAGAGACUUUACUUAAUGAAAAUGAAGAUUAUGAAAUGGUAUCAAGAGCCGUUAAUGUUCUUAAAUUUCAACUCGAACAAGCGAAAGAAGAUAUUAAAAAACUAAAAGAAAUAAAACAGAAUGCUUUAUCAGAUCCGAUAACGUAUAUCGAAAAACUACGUGAUGGAACCAAUGGAAAGAUUCCUGAACGUCAAUACAUAUUUGGUGUUCCACAAAUCGAUUGGAGUAAAUAUCAUACCCGGCCUUCACAAUAUAAGCCGCCGCCAUGUCCAGAGCAAGAUUCAGGAAGCAGUUCCAAGUCAAAUGAUACAUCGACAAAUGAUCGAGGAAGCUCACCUGAUCUCGCUGAAUUUGUGCAUAAAAAAGCUCAAGAGUUGGGUUUUAAAGUUCCCCCAAAUGCGGUUUUGUCAACGCGUACUAAAAGGAAAACUAACCCAAUUUUUGAUGAUGACUGUGUUUUUACACUUCCGCAGAGCGUGGGAGUCAAUACACAAGUGUCAAUGACUUCGAAUAAAAAGGGGAAAUUGGAUUGUUAUAGGACGUCAUCAUCUAUAUAUAAUACACCAAUUAAACAAAGAGGAGGAAAUAAUACAAUAAGAAAUGGACUAGUGAGUGCAGCAGCUUUAAAUAGUCCAAUAUUUAAUACUCCUGAAGCGGAUUCUAGUUGUUCAUCCACUCCAACAGUACCAUCAAAUCGAAGAAAUAAUAAAAAGGUAAUUAAGAAUAACUUUUUAAAUCCUAACGCUCUCAUUUUAACAACCAAUAAUCGUCAGAAAUCUAGUGAGAUCAAAUUACCAGAGGAUUCGCCAAAACCAGUCAAUUAUAACAUACCUUGGACAGAUGAAGAACAACGUCGAUUGGUAGAAUUACUUGCAAUUUAUCCAGAUGAAGAAAUACAAUCUCAUCGGUUUAAGAAGAUUUCUGAAGCUUUGGGUACAAGAACACCGAAGCAGGUGGCUAGUAGGGUACAAAAAUAUUUCAUAAAAUUGGCAAAGCAUGGCUUACCAGUUCCUGGACGAAUACCUAGUGUUUCAUUUGCGACUACAACAUCAAAGAAUUCACAAUCUAAGAAUAAAAAGUCUGGGAGAGCAUCAAAACCAAAACCGCCAUCACUCUCUCCUGAAAAACGACCGCGACAUCCAAGAGUGUCUGGAUUAUCAUAUUUGGAAGAACGACCGCCGCCGACAGUAUAUAUGCCUGAUGAUGAUGAUGAAAGUAUGAUCAAGGAUGUAAUGUUGUCAGUAGAUCUUCCACAUAACAAUAAUAUACAACAGACCUAUAAUGUUGUUACAGGGCCAGUACACCAUGGUUUUUGCUGUGAUGGAUGUCAUACUGAUCCAAUAAUUGGGACAAGAUAUCUUUGCACGGAAUGUGAUGAAAGUCAUGAGGUUGACCUAUGCGAAGAUUGCUUUGGAGAAGAGUCUUUUGAAAAUGAAUUUCACAAGAAAACACAUAAAUUUUCAGCAAUCACUAAUCCUAUAACCCCUCAUAUUGAUAUGGACUAUGUAUCUGAAAGUGUUGGAGAGUAUAGUUAUUUGGGUGUUGCUCCACCUCCUGCAUCAUAA